AUGUGUGCGUACUACCAGAAGCCAACCGAUACCACUGGCCAUGGCAUUGGCCAUGGCUCGUCUACCGGCGCCCCGGGAGCUCCAUUAUCGACGCAAGACGUGCGAGCACACUAUGAUCCCACCACGUCAGGCUUCAAUUCGGCCACCGGGUCAGGGUAUACCAAAUCAUCUACCACUGGGCCGCAUGAACAUCCUCAUCUGCCGACGCCGUCGAAAAGUGACAAUCAGAUGGCGGGUCAGGAUGAUCGGAUUCGAUACGCGCCGAAUACUGUGCAGCGAAGCGCACUGGAGGAUGACUCGGCAGGAAGCUCCUCGGCCAAAGAUGCGCGGACAGAAUCGCGAGCCGGCCGCAUGGGUGAAGACGUCGGUCGCAAGGCGCAUGGGCUGGGGGCAAGUAUUCACGGGGCCGGGGAAUCGCUUCGGGGAGCGCUGACGGCGGCCGUGGACCGAGCCUUUGGAUCCGAGGAAAGCGCCGAACGCAACGAGGAGAUUGCGCGACGCGGCCAGGAGGAGAUGCAAGUGGGUGAGUUUGGGGCCAGCACUGCGCCCCAGCGGAACCGGUAA